AUUAAAUUGGAUUAAGUGCACAUUUCUUGCGAUCAAAGUAACAUCUGAUGGUUGAUACGAUAUAGUUAAGUUAUUGAGUAACCAAGAAGUUGCAUACAUUAACGGUAAAUUUUUGAAUGAUUGUAUUAACGAUUGAAAGUGUAUACAUGUGGGGAAGAAACGUCUAAGUAAAAAAUACAGAGGAUUUUUUAAGUGAAUAAACUGUUAAACUUAAAUACUACCUAUAGAAUCUUCGGAACAAUUUUAGAAUCUUCUGGAACAUUUGUUAUGCCACUAUUAAAGAAACAACUAAACGAUUUUUUUAUGUUCUUACUCUGAACUAAUUAUUUUCUUAAAUAUAACGUCUCCAUUGCUACGCUCACAUUUUUAAAAGCCUGCUACGUCAAUUUCGAUUCCACUAACAUUUUUAUUCGACUAUUAAAUUACAACCAUAACCGAAACUGAUUAAGCGAAGUAUUACGCAUUCAUAAGUUGAAGAACCAUGAUCCGAUGUUUAGCACUCGCGAUAUGUUUCAAACUAGCAAAAUGCAAUAUGGAGGGAUUUAUCGUUGGCGGGAGCCAUGCUUUGAUAACUCGGUACCCUCACUCAGCAUUCAUGAACGCCAACUGCGUAACAUCGGAUAAGAAGACCCUUAAAUGGAUAUGCGGGGCUUCGAUCGUCAAUCAACAAGUACUCCUAACUGCGGCCCACUGCCUCGCGAGCUGCACUUCUUCAUCAUCAAUUCGAAUCAAUGUGGGUAGUGAGAACAAACAACGCGGCAUCAUAAAUUCCGUCUCCAGUUUCCUGGUGCAUGAGGAUUAUAGCGCUAAGUCGUCGUAUGCAGAUAUUGGGCUGAUUAAGAUGUCCCGGCGCUUGAACUUUGGAUCGAAGAUCUCGCGCGUGGCGUUGAUGCGGAAACCUCCGCAAGGCGAAAUAGCGUCGGUGGCUGGUUGGGGGUUAACGGACGAAGACUUGACAGUAACGUCGCCUUAUUUGAAAUAUAUAAAUCAAACGGUGAAGAACAGGAGGGAUUGCUUGAAGCGUCUCGGUGAGGUGCCUCGGGGCUGCAUUUGUGCUAGCAGUAAUAAGUUGUCGGAUUAUGCGUCAGCAGGUGACUCCGGCAGCGCGCUGAUGAUCCGUGGCUACAUCCAGAUAGGCAUAGUGUCGCACAAGGUUCCCUCCGUAUCUCGACAAAUCAUCGUUUAUACUGAGACCGCGUACUUCUACAACUGGAUCAAGGAUAAUAUGGAUCGACUGUUUUGCUCGUAAUAAAUUUGUUAAUCCA